AUGAGGACCAGUAAAACUACUGCGCUUGGAAGAGCUGCAGCAUGUAAGCAGGUGCAUUGGCGUGAAACAGCGACAGCUGGGUUGAGGGGAAAUUGUGAAAAGCAAUUGCACGUCGGACUUGACAUACAGUUGUCAACACCACCAGCGAAAUACUCGAAAAAGGAAAAUAGCGAUAUUUGGACCAGGAGGCGCAUGCUUUCGGCUAUAGCAAAGCUGUUCGAUCCACUUGGAUUGAUUUCGCCGGUGGUGGUCUCAGCAAAAAUUAUUAUGCAAGAAUUUGCUUUGCUGCAAACUGAAUGGGAUGCUCCUGUGCCGCCCACCCUGGAGAAGAAAUGGACAGAUUUCUACGGCCAGUUGUCCAGAUUAUCAGAGCUACGAAUCAGUAGAUUUGCAUUCAUUUCCGGUUGGGUCAACGUUCCGCUUCAUUGUUUCGCUGACGCCUCCGAGGUAGCAUAUGGAGCGUGUUUAUAUAUACGUACAGUGAAUCGAACAGGAAAUGUGCGAAUCGAGUUGCUGUCUGCUAAGUCCCGCGUCGCUCCGCUAAAAAGAUUAACACUUCCGCGACUAAAACUCUGCGCUGCAAGGGAAGCAGCUUGUCUGCAUGCGAAAGUAGUCAAGUCUCUUGAUUUGACUGGUUGCAAGUGUACCUUUUGGUCUGAUUCUACCAUUGUGUUACACUGGCUAAAAUCUCCUCCUAACACGUGGAAAACGUUUGUGGCUAAUCGUGUUCAGACGCUGUCACAUGGAUAUUAUUGGCAACAUAUCUCGGGAAAGGAGAAUCCUGCCGAUUUAGUCUCUCGCGGUAUGUCAGUUGAGGACUUUCUUCAAAGCUUGCUGUGGAAAUGUGGGCCUCCGUGGUUGCAGUCGUCGGCUGAAAUAUGUCAAUCCAAUACCCGAGACGUGAAUUUCACUGAUGAAGAGCUGGAGACACGAAAGCUAGUUCAUACUGCCAUUGUUGUGCCAGAGCCGAAUGCGCUGUUCAUGAUGCGUUCUUCGUUGGAGCCACUUUUGCGCAUUGUUGCAUACUGCAUUCGUUUUACUCGCAACUGUCGGAAUGUCAAAAGUCGCAAUCGUUCCCCAUUUAUAACUGUCGAAGAAUUCUCAACGGCAAAGUUGGCUUUGGUCAAACUAGUUCAAGCCGAGUGCUUCGAGAAUGAUCUUAAACAUUUGCACAAGCACGGACAUGUCCAUAAAAGGUCUACGCUUAGGUUGCUUCGUCCUUUUCUUGAUAAGGCCGGCAUCAUUCGAGUUGGUGGUCGUCUUAGUUAUUCCGCCCAAGAAUUCACUACAAAACAUCCAACAAUACUUCCAAGUGUGCAUCCCUUCACCAGUAUGCUCGUUGAUUAUUUUCAUCGUCAAACAGUCCAUGGAGGACGUCAACUAACACUAGCGGUUAUGAGACAGGAGUUUUGGCCCAUACAUGGUAAACGAGUGGUCAACACCGUGCUUCAGAAAUGUCAUCGUUGUUUUCGCUGUAAUCCAGUACCCAUCCAGCAACCAACUGGCCAGCUUCCAUGUACACGCGUUCGACCAAGUAGACCGUUCUCCAUCGUAGCUCCCAAGGCAUAUAUCGCUGUUUUUGUUUGUUUCGCCACCAAAGCGAUGCAUCUUAAAAUCGUCAGUGACCUAUCAACAGUUGGAUUUAUGUCGGCUUUCCGUCGCUUCAUUGGAUAUCAUGGUGUUCCGAGCGAAGUUCAUUCAGACAAUGCUAAAAACUUCGCUGGCGCCAAGCACGAGUUAAAUGAGCUAUACCGCAUUCUAAAUAAUGAAUCGAACAAAAUUGGAACCGAACUUGCUCAACAAGGUAUUUCAUGGCAGUUUAUUCCUCCUAGAGCACCCAAUUUCGGCGGAUUAUGGGAGGCCGCAGUUCGCUCCGUCAAAACGCCUCUCAAACAGGAAAUUGGUGUACGUCAGCUCUCUCAUGAAGAUUUCAUCACGCUUCUUGUUCAAAUAUCGGCUGCGCUAAAUUUCCGUCCAUUAGCACCAUUGUCUGACGAUCCCUUAGACUUCGAUGCCCUCACGCCGGCGCAUUUUUUGAUCGGCACCGCUAUGAAAGCCCUUCCAGAACGAGACCUCCGCAGCAUCCCCACAAAUCGUCUUGCCCACUACCAACAGCGACAGCAAAUGUUCCAGCACUACUGGCAAAGAUGGAGUAAAGAAUAUAUUUGUGAAUUGCAAACAUCGAACAAGCAUCUGCAACCAAGCCCAAUUCGUAUCGGUAGCAUCGUGGUACUACGAGAGGACAACCUGCCACCACUGCGCUGGCCUUUAGCCAGAAUCAUCGAGGUGCAUCCUGGUGAAAAAGGAUACAAUUUUGGAAGGAACUGGGACACUUUGGAGAAGGAAUAUCUACAGGAAAGGAAAGGAUUGAACAUCAGGGAACAGUGUAAGAAAGGCCUACAGUCUAUUGAGAGGCACGCGGAUGCGCUGUCAGACGGUGAGAUAUGUUCGGCGGAGAUUGUGGCGAGAAGUAUUGGAAGAGGAGAAGUAUUGCGCGGAAACCAUACUAGCUACCCAACUAGUGGCUCGUUGGAGGAUGUUGUGCUCUAUACUUCGUCCAUUAUCAGCUUUCCAGCUAAAGACGAGGAUCGAACAGUAGUCAAGGAGGACACAAACGGUGAGACAGAGGGCUCUCAGAAUAAAACAAGGAGCACGGGCAACUCGUCACACCAGAAAAGCAGCCACAAACCCUCUGAAGCGUUAGAGUUGGCAAAAACCCCAAUAGCGAAGGCACCAACCAAGCGAUGGCGUUCGAUGGACACUGAGUCGCCGAACAACAGUGGGUCUGCCGUUCCUAGCCCGCUGACCGACAUCUGCUGUCUACUUAAAACAGUUGCUAAUAUCGAAGCUUACCGAAACGUGAACUGA